AUGAAGUUCCCCUCGAUGGAAGACGAUAAUCUCAUGCAGUCCGUCUCCGAGGUCGACGACUUCGUCCUCCAGGAGUUCCUCGCCGACGCCGCCGACUGGUCGGGAAGCGGGGCGCCCUCGAGCGUCUCGCCCGAUUCGUUCGCGGGGACGAACGUCGCGGCCGCGCCGCCGCCCAUGCCCGCGGGCUCGGGCGGCGGCCCCGCGGAUACCGCGGAGCAGCGAAGAAAACGGCAGCGCGAGGCGAACCUCCAAGCGCAGAGAAGGUCGAGGGAGCGGCACAGGAAACACGUCUCGCAUCUCGAGGCUGACGUCGUGGCUUUACGAGUCGAGCUGGACGCGAGCAAAGCGGAGAACGCUCGUCUGCAGACGGCGCUGCAGCAGAGUUUGCUCGGGCUCGAGGAGUGCCAGAAGCGAUUUAGCGGGAGCCACCAGGCGCUGGGGGAGCUGUCGAAGGAGAAAGAAGCGACGAAGCAGAAGCUCGAGGAGACGUUGGAGAAGCUCAGGAUUUGCGCGGGCGUGUGCGAGGAUCUGAGAGGGCGGCUCCAGAACGGCGAGGCCGCGAAGAUGGAGAUCGUCAAGCGGGAACCCGGAGACUGCGCGCCGUGCGACGAAUUGGAAGCGCGAAUGAAGAUCGAGAUCGCGAACGGCGCGCCUCCGAGCGGGCAAUCCCUGCAGGCGGACGCCAAGCGUUGGCUCUCCGUCGCGACCAUCGCGAAGAAGACGUGCGAACGCGAAAAGACGUGUAAAAACCGCGAGGAAGUCAUGGCCGGAUUAAAGCGCGUCGGGCUUCGGCUCCAAGAAGCGUUCCGAUCGUACUUGAUCGACGGGAACGCGUGUAGCAACAUCGGGGUGUUCGCGAUCAAGCCCGUCAAGCCCGGAGAACCGAGCCCGUGCGCGGCGAUGGCGGCGCGCGGGCCAGGGCAGGACGAGCGCGUGUUUCAACGCGCGAGGGAGAUCGCGAGCGAGCUCGAUCUGAGCGACCAACAGCGGGAGGACGUCGUGACGCACUGGAAAGAGCACGCGAAGAACCUCACCGCGCUGUUCGAACAGCGCAAGAAGCUCACCGCGGACGCGCUCGUGCUUCAGGGCUCCUCCCCGGUGGCGACGUUGAUCGAUUUCCUGAGCAUCGGCACGGGGUUGCUGAGCACGGACGACGAAGCCGCCGUCGUCGACCGCGGCGGGCAACAGAGCCUCACCGGGUUCGCGCAGCACGCGUGCAAGGUGGAGGGCGUGAUCAACGCGCUGAGGCAGAGCAUCGGCGCGGAGCAGAUGCUGAACUUCUCGCUCGUGUCCACGGUGGUGACCAAAGUCUUGACGCCGUUGCAGACGUGUUUCGUCUGCGCGAGUUGGGACAGCGACGGGUGCCCGGACAUGUUGGCGAUAUCUCGCGCGAUCACGGUGCAGAGCAUGGAAAAGUUACCGCAUCUGCAGGGGGGGCGGUGA